UAUGUGCUGUAAUCUAUGCAGUAAUCUAAACCAGUUUUUAAUAAUAAUCUAAAGGGGAAACUUAUUAGCAUUAAAAAUUCAAUAUAAAAGCCAGUGCCAUGCGGUUCAAGUUUUAGUAUCCAAUCGAAAAUGCAGCUGCGGAUUAUAUUAUUGCUCCUGGUCUGUGUGGCUGUUGCAAGUUCACUAAACCCAAGUCAACUGGCAUCAAAAAAUGUAAAAAAGGAUGCGUCGUCGUCCAAGGAGGAGAAACCGAGUUUAAAACCCUGUAAACCCAUCGAUCCUUCGAGUUCAGAGCCAAAAGGACUAGGCAUUACUCCCAAAGGCGGAACAGUUACCCCGGAAUCAAGUACAACUUCUGGCAAAGACGUAAAGUUAGUUGAUAAAAGUCUGGAUGAUUGCGAACCCAUUCCUGAGGGUAUUGGAUCUCGGUUGAACGCGAGAACUUUGCAAACACUGGUUACAAAAACUAACAUGAAAGGGGAUAGUUGAGUAAAGCAUAAAAUUCAUUAUAUAACAUUUAUAUAAACUUCCUUCAAUAAUAAAUUAAUGCAAAGAAAAUCGUUAAUGAUACCAA